CAGAACAGCGCAGAAAGGCGAGAACCAUGGCGGCGGUACUAUUGGCGAAGUUGUGCUUUCGCUGUGUCGUGCGCUUUUCCGACCGAGAGUACAUGCGCUGAGGGAAAAAUCCGUCGGGAUCGAAUAGGAAGAAAAAAUGAACCACAGUGAAUCUAGCAAUGAUACGGAUGAAGGCGACGAAGGUGAUCAGGAGGCGUCUUCCUUGCAAGAAGAAACAAAAAUUGAGGAUACCUUAACAUCUUUCAGGGAACAAUGGCAGCGCGAGUUGACGAUAUCACCUAAGCGUGAUGCAUCAAAGUUAUAUUCACCAAAUCAGCCUAACAUUGACAUUGCAAAUGAUGAAGCCUCUAUCGAGAGCAAGGCAAAGAAUUUAUUUCUUAAAGGCAUUGAGCAUGAACAAUGCAGAAAGUUUUAUGAGGCAAUCCAGUUUUAUAAGCGUGCAGUACAAUUGGUUCCUGACAUUGAAGUCCGCUUGUAUGAAUCAACAAAAGCAAAAGCAAGAGACAGAUUCGACGCUGACGAUUGCUUUGAUACAUUAGAUAAUGAUUUUUCAAUCACCGAUGACAGCGAAAAUCAUAAUCAGAUGGACGAAGAAGAAACAGAUUUAUUUUUCAAGUUAUCUAAAAUUGUAAACCUCAAUCAAUGUGUAUGUUUCCCAAAAUUUGAACAAAGUACAACACAUAUCUCUGCGUUACCUAUGGAGAUAGUACUUUAUAUUCUACGAUGGGUUGUGUCUUCUGAGCUGGAUUUCCGGUCAUUAGAAAUGUUCUCAAGAGUAUGUCGCGGAUUUUACAUAUCUGCACGAGACACGGAGAUUUGGCGAUUAGCAUGCGUUAGGGUAUGGGGUGUAAACUGUGGUACUUGCGAACCAAAAUAUAAGUCGUGGAGGGAUAUGUAUUUGCAACGGCCUAGAUUAAGAUACAACGGAUGUUACAUCAAUAAGACAAGUUACAUACGCGAUGGAGAAAAUAAUUUCCAAGACCGUUUUUACAGACCAUGGCAUCUCGUUGAAUAUUUCCGGUACCUGAGAUUUUUUCCCGAAGGAAGAGUUUUAAUGUUGACAUCGACUGAUGAAGCUCAAAGCUGCGUAAAUUCUUUACGAAAUCGCAUACCACGCAACCCAUCGGUUCUUGUUGGUCAUUUUCGAUUACAUGAUAAUUACGUUACGCUUAUGUUGAAGAGACAAGAAACUAAGGGAAACAAUUUCUAUAGACGAAAGAAGAGAGAACCGGUGCAUGAUAGCGGUGAACAAACGUUUCAUAUUGAAUUUGAAAUACAGAAUCAUCAUAGAAGAGUAAAUUCGCAACUAAAAUGGAUCAGCUACAGUAUUUUCACGAAAUAUAAAAAUGGACAAGAAGCGAAGAUUUGCCUAAAGGAGCCAUCUGUAAGGGAAUUUAGGGCGUCACCGAUUGGCGGCAGAUACCCACCUCUUAAAUUUAGCAGGGUAAAAAGUUAUACUCAGGAGAGCGAAGUCCCGUUAUAAUAAUGAAAAUGACAACAAACAAAUUGCAUGAAUCAUGAGAGUACAAUUAUUAAAUUAUUCUUACAAAGAAAGAGAAAAUUAGUGAACAUAGUGAAUUCUCAAUAUGUUACGAAAUCCAGAAUGAAGAUGAAUAUCUCAUUAUAAUUAAAUGUGCUUUUCUUUGAGUCAUAUUAAGUAGUACAUAUACAUGUUUUUCAAGAUAUUUUAUUUAUCUUGCAUCACGCGUUGUAUUCUUUAACAGUUUCUAUUAGUACAUUAUACAACCUGCAAAUCACAACUAUCCUUUAAAGAAUUAAUUAUAUCGAUAACACGUCCAAUCACAUGGAAGUGUGUAGCUUAUUUAUAGAUCUAAUAUAUACUUCUUUAAGCACUAAAGUAUAUAGUGCCUUACAUCAUUUCGCAAUGAGUUGCAUGCUUAAAACUUAACAAACUGUGUUACAAAUUCAAGAAUGUUAUUAGUGUUAUUACAUGGUUUUGUUUACAAUUAAUUAUUGCUCAGCUAUAUAUAGUUAAGUUUAAAAGUGUGUUAAUUGAAUAAAAUUUAUGUAAAUUUUUAAAAUUAUGUAUAUAUAAUUUUGUAUAAUUAUAUAUAAUAAAUAGCAAGCACUAAAA